UUUUGAAUCCUGCAGCUAGAGUUGUAAAUGCUCUCUGUGCUGUCGGUUUGAUUGUGGAGUUUUUUAUCCUGAGAGACAAAUAACUAUCCUGUUUUCCUUCACAACAGUGGCUCCAGUGAACUGGGGUGAAGCUCCCUCCACUCCAGUACCCGGCCAGCGGUGCAGAUGUCUGGCUUCGACCUGCUCCCGGUGGACGGUGGCGGCGGGGAACCAAUCCACCUUCCUCCUGGGGAAACGGUGCUGGGCAGGGGGCCCUUACUGGGAGUCAGUGAUAAGAGAGUCUCCAGACUUCACGGGCUGCUGGAGAACCUGAACGGACAGCUGCGCCUCAAACCGACCCACCUGAACCCGUGCUUCGUUCAGUCGUUGCUGUCGGACGACCCUCGCCCUCUGCAGAGAGACGUCUGGUUCCCUCUUCAGGAUGGAGAUUUAUUCUCGCUGAUGCCGGGUCAGUUUAUCUACAGGGUGGUGGCCGUGGGCGGAGGGGACCGCACUCCCAGGAACAGUCAGAUGUUUGAAGAAGCAGAAAAAGAAGAAGAGGAGGAGCGUCUUGUUUCUCCUGAGCCAGAUGUUGAACCCCCUCCUGCUGUUGGACAGUCUCUUCCUCAGGAGGAGUCGACACCAGCAGCUCCGUCAGAACAGCAGGAAGUCGACAAAAGAAGUUUAACAAAGGGAGAUUCUGCACAACCAAAAGAAGAAGAAGAAGACAAACAAAAUGUCGUCUCUCCGUCUGUAACCAGGACAAGAGUUUUACCCGCCUGGAUGAUGGCGGCAGCAGCAGCUUCACAAAGCCCCUCCUCCUCCUCCUCCUACAUCCCCAAAGGUAACGAGUUCAUGUCUUAA